AUGCCACCCAGAAUGCCAAAAAAACUUCACCGUUGCCGACUCCAUCCCUCCCAGAAGCUCGCUCUCAAUCUUCCAACGCCACGUCUCCCAGGUCGAUCGGCUGCUCUCGGACCGGAUAGACACGUCGAUACAGACGACCGACAUCCUCAUCGCUCCGUCCCGGCCACAUAUAAGAUACCGAUCGGUCGACCGAUGGUAUACGCUGCCAUGUACCGGCAAAUUUGGGCGAUGCACCGUUGCGAGUCGGUCCUGGCCAAGACUCGAGCUCGGCAAGAGACCAGCCCUGGUUUCGGCGCAACGCUGUGA